UCAGUGCUCGUCAGAAGGAGAAGCGGUAGCAGCCGACUCCUCUUUCCAACUGCGUUUUCUACCAAUCAGAGAAGCGACAGGAGAAAAGGACGUUUUAAUUUGCGUAGCGUGUACGUGGAGCGAUGGUAGGCAAAAGUGCGCUCCAUGCUGUGCCAUGAUCUCCAUCUUUCCCUUGCCUCCUCCUCCUCCUCCUCCUCCUCCUCCUCCUCAUCAUCUGUCGCUCCCGAAAGCAAAAAACGCCGAGACGCGCUGACAUCCUCACCGAGAUGUGCUGUGGAUCGCCUACAAUUUCUUCUCCCGCUGUUCAAAAUCCAUGGCUGAUAAAACCUGCACUUUCCACUGCUCUUGUUAGCACCGAGCCCAGAGAGACAGAUCUGCUUUACAGCUAAAUCACAACUUUGUGUUCUCCACCAUUAUUUUCCACUCUCCUGCCAAUCACCAUGGCUUGCCUCCUGGCAUCCGCCUUCCUUUUGGUUCUCCAAACGUUUGCUGCCCCACCUCAGGCGGCUUUUAGUUUGAACAGAAGAGACCUUACCGACAACGACCAAGACGUGGCCUCGUCUCCUCCGCCGGGGACUAGCAAAAGAGCCCCGCAGAGCAUUAUAAUCGGGGUACGCAAAGGAGGUACGAGAGCCCUGCUGGAAAUGCUCGACAUCCAUCCCGAGGUGGCCGCCGCCGCGACCGAGGUGCAUUUCUUCGACUGGGACGAGAACUACGCCAAAGGCGUAGAGUGGUACCGUGAGCUGAUGCCCUACUCGUACCCGCACCAGAUAACCAUGGAGAAGACCCCGGGAUACUUCACGUCCACUCUUGCGCCCCAACGCAUCUGCACGAUGAACUCAUCCAUGAAGCUGCUCCUGAUCCUCCGCGACCCGGCCGAGCGGGUGGUCUCGGACUACACCCAGGUGUACUUCAACCGUCUGGAGAACCACAAACCGGUGCAGGCCAUCGAGAACCUUCUGGUACGAAACGGGGCCCUGAAUACCCGCUACAAGGCCAUUCAGAGGAGCCUGUACGAUAUUCACAUGCGCAAUUGGCUGCAUCAUUUCCCUCUGGAACAGAUUCAUAUCGUGGAUGGGGAUUUGCUUAUUCACGACCCCUUGCCAGAGCUUCAAAAAGUGGAGCGCUUCCUCAACUUGCCUCCCAGGAUAGUCGCCUCCAACUUCUACUUCAAUCAGACGAAGGGAUUUUACUGUAUUCGAAGCGACGGUCGAGAGCGAUGUCUGCACGAGUCCAAGGGCCGCCCGCACCCUGUGGUCAACAGUACUGUUCUCCAACAACUUCGUUCUUACCUGCAGGAGCACAACAGAACCUUCUUUCGGCUGGUGAAGCGCACCUUCAAUUGGCAAUAAUAAAGCACCGUGGCAUAAGUAGUACUCAAAGGAGGCAGGCAAGCAGGCAGGCAGGCAGAAGGUCCAAAUGAGGCCUCAAGCACUUUACAGAACUGACAUUGAAAGCCUCUCCUCCAUUUCUAGAUUUGUCUUCUCUAGUUUCUGCUGACUGGUUAUUAAUUGCUUUUACACAAUAAGGCAAAAUGGAAAAACAUCUGCCAGCACACACCCACACUAAGUGAUCAAAUGAACUAUCCCACUUCUCUGUCUUGUUUGAUAUCUUGAUAAUAAAUUGUUCUUUGAAAUGUUUCCGGCA